UUUUUUUUUGAGAAAAUUCAUCUGUCUUAUAAGUACACAAAUACAUUUAGUUCAGUUAGUGAUAUCAAGGAUGUUUUCAUCGUAUCUUAUUAAUUAUUUAGGCUAGAAAUAAUCUUAGAUGUGAAGAACUUCCGAAGGCUUUAAUAAAAUUAAUCGUAAUGGCUCUUGAAAGAUCAAAAAGUAUCGAAGCCGAUAUUCAUCAAUUAUCAGUAGCCGUUGGUGAAGGGAUGCAACCCAAUCAAGAAAAAGAUGGUGAUGAAGAAAAUAAAUUGAGUGUAUUUGAAAAAGUGAGAUUAAUUUUUACCAAUAUAACGGUAGAACCAAUUAUGGUAUGUUAUAUUUUACCAAGUGUGAUGGCAAGUUUAACUAUACAAAAUUUGAACUUAGAGAAAGCUUGUAGAGUUAAUUUACAUUAUAACGACACAAUUUGUGAUGCUUUAACAUCAAGAAAUUCAUCUGGAUAUGAUGUAACCCACGAACAAACCGUACAAAAAUUAGUUGCUUCAAUGAACGCCUGGAAAAAUAUCAUUCAAAGUUUAUUACCAUCGAUUUUAUUGAUGUUUAUUGGUUCAUGGAGUGAUCGAAACAACCGGCGAAAACCUUGCAUAAUCUUACCGGUAGUUGGAGAAUUGAUUUCUUGCAUAGGAUUCUUAAUUUGCACCUACUUUUUUUACCAACUCUCCAUGGAAUAUUGCGCCCUAUCAGAAUCGGUUCCUCCAUCAUUAACAGGCGGAUGGUUUUGUAUGUACAUGGGCGUUUUUAGUUACAUCAGUUCGGUUUCGACGAAAGAAAUGAGAACGUUAAGAAUCGGCGCUGUAAGUCUUUUUUCAAACGCUUGUUUCACGAUUGGAACGGCGCUAAGCGGAUUUUUAUAUCGACAAAUUGGGUUUUAUGGAGUUUUCUUUUUGGCAGCGGGAAUUUAUACGAUCGGGUUAUUGUACGGUGGUUUUAGAUUGAAAGAAAUUAAAGUCGAUGAGAAUCAAGUUGAUAAUUUGGAAAAGAAUGAAUUAAAUCGGGAUGUGAUUAAAGUUGAAAAUGGGAAGAAAAAAAAUUUUUUUGCAGACUUUUUCGAUUUAAAACAUAUUUCGGAAACGUUUAAGGUCGCUUUUAAAACUGGGAGUAAGAGUCGAAAGAAGAGAAUUUGUGUAAUUAUGGUGUUGGUUAUGGUUAUUAUUGGACCUUUACAUGGUGAAUUUAACGUGAUGUAUCUUUUCGUACGAUACAGAUUCGGAUGGGAUGAGGUGGAUUAUGCUUUAUACUCAACAUUCAACAUCAUUUUCCACAUGAUUGGAACUCUUUUUUCAUUAACUUUUUUCUCAAAAUUCUUAAAAUUCGACGACGCACUUUUAGGGGUUAUUUCAAGUAUGAGUAAAGUAAUUUCAGCCGUAGUUUAUGCUUUCGCCCCCUCACCGUUUUAUUUUUACCUCGGUGCUAUUGCUGAAAUGUUAAAUGGAACGUCUUUUAUUGCAAUGCGAUCGAUUACAUCGAAAUUAGUUCCACCCGAGGAACUAGGGAAAAUUAAUUCGUUAUUUGGAGUGUCGGAAGCUUUAAUGCCAUUGGUUUAUGGACCGAUGUAUAGCUUGGUUUAUCGAACCACAAUUAAAAUAUUUCCCGGAUCUUUCUUGCUCUUAGGAGGACUUUUAACAUUACCUGCAGUUUUUAUUUUCUUGUGGUUAUACAGAGAACAUAAACGCGAUGAAUUAGAAGAAGAAUUAAAUAAAAAACUAUCAGAAAAAUUACUUACUAAGUAAUCACCAACAAUAUGAUUUUAAUU